UACGGACAAAAUUAGUACAUAUUUAGUUUUUUUUAAUUUCGUAUUUGAUUUUGGUAUGCAAUAUUAAUUGAUUUACUUUAUUUAUUGGAAUAAGUCAGCCAGAUGAUUCAGGUGCAAGCUACACUUGUGUGCAGAGGAUUCCGUGCAUUUAACGAUGGUUUACGGCCAAUAAGAUUGAGAGAUGAUAAAAUGUUCUGAUAUGAUAGCGUACACAGUAACAGGUGACAGCAUAUCAAGGCAAACUGGCAUCUAAUCUAGAUGUAAUAGAUGCUAAAAAAUGUGUAGUCAGACUUGUACAUGUAUGUCGGCUCAAAACGGAACAAAGCACUUAUUGCGUAAGGCACCGGCCGGCGAGCGUAGCGAGUCCGAGCGAGAGAAUAGCGACGACCAUACGAGUCGACAGACGCCGAUCACGAGGCAGGCGGCAUACGUUGUGCAAACGUUGUGUUGAGAAACAUUUUAUAUAAAAUCAUAAUCAUGGCGAGCAUUUCUCUGGACAAUCCUGCUGUGCAGUCCUAUCUCUUCUACUCGGGCGUGUUGAGCCUGAAAAUGCUUGGGAUGUCGUCGCUCACUGCAAGGCAAAGGUUUGCAAAAAAAGUGUUCGCGAACGAGGAGGACGCCUCAUCUGCGAAAGGUGUUGUAAAAUUCGACGACCCGGACGUCGAGAGAGUGAGGCGCGCACAUUUGAACGAUUUGGAGAAUAUUCCUGUGUUCUUCGCUGUGGGAGCGUUGUAUCUGACUACGGCGCCUGACAACGAUCUGGCCGUGAACCUGUUUCGGGCGUACGCCGCCGGGAGGAUCUUGCACACCGUGGUGUACGCCAUAAAACCUUUGCCUCAGCCGGCGAGGGCGAUCGCCUUCAGUGUGCCCUGCUUCAUCACAAUCCUCAUGGGCGUUAAAGUGGUCAUGCACUACGCUAAAGCGUUUUAGAUAUAACAAGGCAUUUGUGAUAAUUUUAUUAUAGUGUCCUAAGCAGCAGAAUUUUGUUAAAAUAUCAAAUUGAUGUGUUUUAGUUUAGCAGUAAGUAGCUAUGUACAAAUAUUAUUAUAAAUGAAACGAAUGAGUAAAAA